CGCAUGGCAGGCUCAGAUUCCCUCUCCGAGCUCAUUGAGGUCUUUGGAGAAGAAGCAGUUCGGCGUAGUCCCUCCCAACUGAGUAAGGGGGAGGCUUGGUGGGCCGAGCGAUACCAAUGGCUCAAGGACUCUGGCUACCAGCUUCGGCCUCGAUAUGCUCCGGACUGGAAGCCAUCGUGGCACCGAACCAAGAAGUCCAUCUUCAACAGUGAGGACGGAGUGCCGACAUGGCACGCCCAUCUGUUGGAUGCUGUGCGCACUUCGGACGGCAAGUUCGUCAUGUUGAAGUUGCUCAAGUUCCAGUCUUCGAACCCCUCAGAAGCUGAGGUAGGUAGAUACGAAGUUGAGAUAGGCCAAAAGUUCUCGUCAGAACCGUUGGCAGCCGAUCCUAGCAACCGCUGCGUCCCGAUAUACGAUGUUCUAUAUCCUCCCAACGAUGACAACAGUCGAAUCCUGGUCAUGCCACUACUCAGGACGCUCGACGACCCACAGUUUGAUACGAUUGGCGAAGGCGUCGACUUUUGUGACCAGAUUUUCGUGGGACUGAAGUUUAUGCAUGAUAACCAUGUUGCUCAUCGUGACUGCUCGAUGAUCAACGUUAUGAUGGAGGCUACCUCGAUGUUUGUUGGAGACUGGCACCCCAUGAACCAAAACAAGACACGAGACUUCGCCGCUUAUGUGAAGUACUACACUCGAACGCAGCGACCUCCUCGUUAUUAUUACAUCGACUUUGGUUAUUCCCGGCGUUACGAUCCGUCGACAUCCGAUCCGCGCGAGAAAGUCAUGAUAGGCGGUGACGAUACAGUGCCCGAACAUCAGGGAAACAACCCUCCGCCUCAAAACCCUUUCCGCACUGACAUCUAUUGUGUUGGAAACGUCAUUCGCGAGUGUCUUCUUAACGAAACGCGCGGAUUUGAGUUUCUGGUCCCAUUGGUGGCAGAAAUGAUGCACAAGGAUCCUAAGCAGAGGCCAUCCGCCACUGAAGUGGUCGAACGGUUCGACAAUUUGACUAAGGGGCUGAGCUCGUGGAAGCUACGUUCCCGCGUAAUUUACAGAGGGGAAGAUGUCUUUACUAACACGCUCCACGGGACGACUCACUGGUUCCGCCGGGUUCGUUUUGUACUCACUCGAACUCCAUCAAUACCCAAACGUUCGUCGUGAACAUAUCUUUGCA